AAAUUUAAAAGACAUGGUUACCUUCUUCUCCCUCUUCACCAUAUACCCUUUCAUUCUUCCAUUCCUUUGUCUAACUGUAAUUCUGUAUCUAUCAUAUGCCAUUGUUGAACAAUUCCAGCAACGUCCUAAAGGCGUUGCCGGACCCCCAACUUACCCCAUCAUAGGUUGUUUGAUUCCUUUUUACAAGAACCGAUAUCGACUACUAGAUUGGUACACUCAUCUUAUCUCUAAGUCCCCAACUCAAACAAUUGUGAUAGAUAGAUUAGGAGCGCGGAGAACUAUAGUAACAGCUAAUCCAUACAAUGUAGAAUACAUGCUCAAAACCAACUUUGACAAUUUUCCUAAAGGCAAGCCAUUCAAUGAAAUUCUUGGUGAUUUUCUUGGAAAUGGUAUAUUCAAUGUGGAUGGAGAAAUGUGGUACAAACAGCGCAAGAUGGUCAGUCAUGAGUUUACUGCCAGGUCCUUAAGAGAUUACGUUGUGAAUGCGCUCAAAGAAGAGGUGGAGAACAAGUUGUUACCUAUACUGGAAUUAAUGGAGGCUGAAAAUAGAGCAUUUGACUUGCAAGAUUUGUUAAGAAGACUUGGAUUUGAUGUGGUUUGUAAAGUUUCUUUGGGUUUUGAUCCAUGUUGCCUCAAUGAAUCUCUUUCAUUUUCGCCUUUACUAGAUGCUUUUGAAAGGGCUUCGCAGAUAUGUGCUGAGAGAGGAGCUGCACCAAUAUUUGUUGUAUGGAAGGUGAAAAGAUGGUUAAAUAUUGGAUCUGAAAAACAGUUGAAACUAGCCGUUGAUCAAAUCCAUUCAUCAAUCGAUGAUAUCAUCCGCGAGAGAAAGAUUAAGAUCAGAGAAGAAAACCAGAAAGAGACCAAUAAAGAUCUUCUUUCAAAGAUGAUAUUGGCAGCAAAUUUUGAUGAGGAGGAAGUCAGAGAUAUGGUGAUAAGCUUCAUUAUGGCAGGAAGAGACACAACAUCAGCGGCAAUGACUUGGUUCUUUUAUCUACUUUCUCUCCAUCCUGAGAUAGAAUAUGAAUUGGUUUCCAAAGAGCUGAGGUUUAUAGAAGCUGAAACACUAACCAAGUAUGAGAUAUUGAAAGAAAUGAAUUUCUUGAAAUCUUGUCUCUGUGAAACAAUGAGACUUUAUCCACCAGUUGCAUGGGAUUCGAAGCACGCCAUUUCUGAUGAUAUUUUGCCAGAUGGUACUCGUAUUAAAGCUGGGAAUAGAGUGACAUACUUCCCUUAUGGAAUGGGGAGGAUGGAAAACUUGUGGGGAAAGGAUCGAUUCGAGUUUAAACCAAGGAGAUGGAUGCAAGAAUCAGAGGAAGAAGGAACAGAGCAGGUAUCAAAUUUGUACAAGUUUCCUGUUUUUCAAGCAGGUCCAAGAGUUUGCCUUGGGAAAGAAUUGGCAUUUAUUCAAAUGAAGUAUGUUGUAGCUUCAAUAUUGAAGCGUUUCCAGAUCAGACCAGCUUGUUCAGAUCCUCCUGUUUUUCUGCCACUCCUAACAGCUCAUAUGGCUGGUGGUUUUAAGGUUUUUGUCCACAAAACCAAAUACAAUUAGAUGUUCCGUAUAUAAGUCUCCUCUUUCAAUGAUCUUUACAUGCUUCGACUAGUUCUCCUUCCAACAGCCAACAGCAUUAUGUCCGACAUUGGCUAUCCAGAAUUUGAGACUCAUGGGUUCCUGCUGUAAUUUCAAAUUAAAAUGCAAUAAUAAUUAGGUUCACCGUUAGAUAUUUAUAAAUAUUUAGUAAAUUUCUUAAUAUAAAUACAGGGCAUACGCAAGAGUUAUUGGGUUCCCCGGAACCCUUAUUCAA